GAUAAAGAAUUUAUUUGUGAUCAUAUAAACAUAUUUGUUAGUUUUAGCUGUAGAAAACACCUAUUAACAGUUUAGUGUUUUUAAUAAAUGUGCGCUAUAAUAUAGUGUUGUGUUGGAUAAGUGUUUAUAUUGUUUUGUUGUGACAAUAUUGUGUGGAAAAUCAAUGAGAUCCUGUAUGGAGCAGCUGCUACAAUAUGUGCAGUGUUGAUUACGAAUGACAUCUGACGUGAAACAAAAAGAAAAUAGUACGAAGGAACUGCUAACGUAAAAGGAUGGCAGAACAAGUGAUCAAUGUGACGGCUCAGCCAAUGUCUGAGCCGGUCCACAACAUGUCGAAGGCUAUAUUUCUACAGACGACCACAGCACAGGCGAUAUCUGGAAUCUUUGUGUGGACGGCCCUAUUUAUUACUUGCCAACAGAUUUACCAACACCUGCGCUGGUACACGAACCCCUCGGAGCAGCGAUGGAUUGUGCGCAUAUUGUUCAUUGUGCCCAUAUACGGUUGCUACAGCUGGAUUUCGCUAUUGUUCUUCAUGGGAGACUCGUAUUAUGUAUAUUUCUUCACAGUCAGGGAUUGUUAUGAAGCGUUCGUGAUAUACAGUUUCCUAUCCCUCUGCUACGAGUACCUAGGCGGGGAGGGUAAUAUAAUGUCGGAACUGCGGGGUCGACCGGUUCGGGCCUCUUGUGUGAAUGGGACCUGCUGUCUCUCGGGCGCCACUUACACCAUCGGCUUCCUGCGGUUCUGCAAGCAGGCGACGCUGCAGUUCUGCCUGAUCAAGCCGGUGUGCGCGUUCGUCAUUAUCUUCUUGCAGUCAGCGGGCCACUACCACGACGGCGAUUGGUCGCCCAGCGGCGGUUACAUCUACAUCACCAUAAUAUACAACUUCUCAGUGAGCUUGGCUCUAUACGGGUUGUUUUUGUUCCUGGGAGCCACAAGGGAAAUGCUCAAACCGUUUGACCCGGUGCUCAAGUUCUUCACCGUUAAAUCUGUUAUCUUCUUGUCAUUCUGGCAGGGCGUAGGGCUCGCGAUCCUCGAGAAGGCCGAGGUUAUAUCGCCAAUAAUAGACGAGAACGGCAUCCCCACCACCGCCGGUACAGUGUCCGCGGGUUACCAGAACUUCCUCAUUUGCAUCGAGAUGGUCGCCGCGGCGGUUGCGUUGCGUUACGCGUUCCCCGCGGCGGUGUACGCACAUGCGCACCGCGAUCCGCACAGAUCCGUCACUAUGCAGUCGAUAUCCAGCAGCCUUAAGGAAACAAUGAACCCGAAGGACAUAAUGACGGACGCGUUCCACAACUUCCACCCGCAGUACCAGCAGUACACGCAGUACAGCUCCGUGAUGCGUGGUACCGGCGUGGGUAAGCGCAAUGGUGAGGAAGGAGCAGCUUUAGCUCCAAGGCCGCCGCCUCAACGUGUGGCUACCAUCAGCCAAGCAGCAAAUUACCACGAAAAAACCACUUUACUAAGCUCUGACGACGAGUUUCAGUGAACUAUCGUUUAUUUCUCUUUAGGCGAACGGGAUCAAUGUCUCUUCGACGGGUUUAAAGUCUAGUUUACAACUUAUUGGUUAGGUAUACUUUUCCAUUUCUCGAUGUCAUUGCAUUAAGCGCUUGGAUAGGCAUUUAUGUGAUACCUUUAUGUUAGUUGUUGAUCGUUGUUUUCGUUUAAUCUUCACCUAAAAGUAAUAUAUUAAAUAGGCACUUAUAAAUCCGGCACAAAUAAUAUUUUUAACGAAUGUUAUUGGAUUGUCGUAUUUACAUGUUAUAAGGGAACGAUCAAAAAGACGACUCUGGCGUGGAUAUAUUUAAAUAUCGAUGUAAGUUAAUAAAUAACGAUAUGUAUAAAGAGUAUUUUAUCCAUAGAUAUUAUAGAUCAUAAAUAUUUUGGUAGAUUACUAUAAUUUCGAUUCUAAUUCUAUGAUGCUAUUUAAAAUAAACAAUACAUUUAAAUAAUGGCACGUAGUUACAAAAGAAAAUGAUUUAAAAGUUAGAUUACCCUGAAUCUUUUAUAGUAAUCGAUAGAAGUAAAAUGUGUACAGAUAAUAGAUGUCACAUGCAAUGGGUUGCCAUAAUAAAAUCAUUUGAAAUAAUCAUGAAUCUCAUAUUUGCUGUAUAUAAACUAAAUAGUAAUAUAUUUUUUUAAAUGAGUAACCUUGCACUUCUGUUAUAGGUAGUUGAAUUAUAUAAAGAGGUUCGCUUCAAAACAACACUGCAUUGCUUCGCCGUCCAAUUUUAAUACUUUCCAUUUCCGGUUUUUGAAUCUAUUUUUCAAUGUGGUAAUAAUAGAAAUUAAUAAAACAUUUUCUUCAGGUCUUUAUAAAUUUUUUUGAUGUUCCAAAUCUUUAUUACCUAUAGUAUGUAAUUGUAAUUAAGGUUAUCUAUGAUGCAUGAUAAUUAUGAUACAAAAUUGCACAUUUGCCUACUAAUUGUAGCUGUAGGUAGGGAAUUAUAUCUAUAUUUAAUGUGCGAUUCCGAAUUAACUGACGUCAUAGGGCUUUGUGUAACUGCUGUUUUAUUUCAUUGUAGUAUUUGUCGAUGUAUAUGUGCCCCGGUUAUGUCUUUGGGAAUCGUUAAUGUAUUUAUUGUAAAUAAAACAAAUAGAUUUGUUAUUUAACAAACUAGAUAGUUUGAAUGCUUUCUAGAUUUUUUUAUCCCAUAUAUUUCUAAAGACGCUAUGUUAUUUUUCAUCUGUAAGAGUCAAUUAAUAAAUUUGACUAACAUCGUAAACAUAAAAAUGUUUAUCUAAUGGUAGUUCUAAGGAUUUCCCUUCGUUUAAAAAAGGAAAUUAUUUUUGUAACAGAAAUAGAAAAGUUUUAUUUCAUGACAAGUAUAAGAUUAUAAUUAAUGUUAGUCAAUAUAAAAUAUGUUUUAGCCCGAGUUUUUAAGAGUAUAAAUACAUGAUAUUUAAUUAAAAUAUA